AUGGGGGGCUCCGAGCCAUGUCCCCAAGGUGGGGGACAAAGGCUGCAACCCCCGGAGCACCCCUCCCUUCCUCCGACACCAGCGGGGGGGGCUUAUUGCCUUGAUUUCCUCCCCUUAGGAAACGGCUACAUCGAAGGCAAAGAGCUGGAAAACUUCUUCCAGGAGCUGGAAAGCGCCAGGAAAGGGGCGGGUGUGGACCCCAGGAAUGACAACUUGGGGGACAAGAUGAAGGAGUUCAUGCUCAAGUACGACAAAAACUCGGACGGCAGGAUCGAGAUGGCCGAGCUGGCCCAGAUCCUGCCCACGGAGGAGAAUUUCCUGCUGUGUUUCCGCCAGCACGUGGGCUCCAGCUCGGAAUUCAUGGAGGCCUGGCGCAGGUACGACACCGACCGCAGCGGCUACAUCGAAGCCAACGAGCUCAAGGGCUUCUUGUCAGACCUGCUGAAGAAGGCGAACCGACCCUACGACGAGCCCAAGCUGCAGGAGUACACGCAGACCAUUCUGCGGAUGUUCGACAUGAACGGUGAUGGGAAACUGGGCCUCUCCGAGAUGUCCCGCCUUUUGCCGGUGCAGGAAAACUUCCUGCUGAAAUUCCAGGGGAUGAAGUUGUCCUCGGAGGAGUUCAAUGCCAUCUUCAACUUCUAUGACAAGGAUGGCAGCGGCUUCAUCGACGAGAACGAGUUGGAUGCUCUGUUGAAAGACCUGUCUGAGAAGAACAAGAAGGAGCUGAACAUCCAACAACUGACCAACUACAGGAAGAGCAUCAUGAAUCUCUCCGACGGGGGCAAACUCUACCGCAAGGAGCUGGAACUCGUGCUCUGCAACGAGCCCCCCAUGUAGGACCCCCCCAAAACUGCAGCCCCGCGGGGGGGGUG